UAUCCGAAUAAAAAGCCUAGAUAUGAAAAACUACAUAGCGAGCAAUAAUAAAAGUUUCAAACGAGUUUAUGCUCUUCUUGGCAGCGACUUAUGCCAGAAUGACCUUUCAGGCGAAAUCCCAAUGGAGUGGGCUUCAUUGCCAUACCUCACUUCCAUCUCACUCUGUGCGAAUCGUUUGUCUGGGCCUUUACCAACUUGGUUACAAAACUUCAAGAAUCUGACAUACCUAGUGCUUGAAGCAAACCAGUUCUCUGGUCUUAUUCCUGAUGAGCUUGGUAACUUGACCAACCUAGAAUCAUUGUUCCUUGCGUCCAAUCAAUUUACAGGAAGCCUGCCUCCCACUCUGACUAGAUUGGUGAACCUUAAGGGUUUUACUCUAAGUGACAAUAACUUUAAUGGCACCAUCCCAGCAUAUAUUGGCAACUGGUCUCGGCUUCGAAGGCUACAUCUAUAUGCUAGUGGACUUAAAGGACCCAUUCCUGAGGCGUUUUCCCGCCUCAAAAGUCUUACUGAUCUGAGUAUUAGUGAUGCAACUGGGAUAACCUCCUUUCCAAAUAUAUCCAGCAAAGGCAUUAAAAAACUGAUUUUGAGGAAUGUGGGUUUGUCUGGUUCAGUUCCUUCCUACAUAUGGAAUAUGUCAGACCUAUAUCUUCUUGAUUUGUCCUUUAACAACUUGACUGGUGAGAUUCAUGAGAUACAAAGAGCACCAGUUUAUACUUAUUUGACUAGAAAUAGGCUUUUUGGAGAAGCGGGAUCUGGUGUUUAUAUCAAUAGCGAAUCUAAUAUUGAUCUCUCUUACAACAAUUUCUCUUGGUCGUCUAACUGUCAGGAGAAGAGUAACAUUAAUACAUACCGGAGCUCAUAUUUAAAGAACACAUUAACUGGGCUUCUUCCAUGUGCUCGCUUAAUCAACUGCACGAGCUAUCAGCGAACACUACAUAUAAAUUGUGGCGGAGAAAAAAUAGUUAUAAAAAAUUCUUCUCAUAAAAUCACAUAUCAAGCUGAUAACAGCGUCACCAAAGCCGUAAACAAUCAGCACUUUGAGAACUGGGGAGUCAGUAACACAGGCAAAUUUUUCUCUGAUUAUAAUGGUGGGGAUGAUUUGUACAUCAUUAAAACCAGUUUAACACCACCUGGGGAUUCUUCUGAUCUUUAUAAGACGGCACGUAGAUCUGCUCUCUCAGUUAUUUAUUAUGCAUUUUGCUUGGAAAAUGGACCCUACAAUGUGAAACUCCAUUUUAUGGAGAUUCAGUUUUCAGACAAAGACUACACACGUCUAGGUAGGCGCAUAUUUGACGUCUAUGUUCAGGGAAAACUAUUUUGGAGGGAUUUUAACAUCAAAGAGGUGGCUAAUGGGACUCUCAAGCCUGUUGUCAAAGAAGUGAAAGCCGUUGUGACCAAUCAUAUGCUAGAGAUUCGGUUGUAUUGGGCAGGGAAGGGGACAACUCUCAUUCCCAGAAGAGGAGAUUGUGGUCCUCUUAUCUCGGCUAUCUCCUUGUGUCACAGUCUGGAGCCACGGUGUGGAGCGGAGUUAACAAAACAUCACCCAAAUUAUCCACUAAUUUCCGGGGUAGCGGGGGCCUUGGUCGCCGUAACUCUCUUAGCUUUUGGACUCUAUGCUCACAAAAAAAGCAGAGGAGACAAGAGCAAGAGAGAAAGAGAACUGAGAUCACAGGGUCUGCAAACUGUUUGCUUUACAUGGAGGCAACUGCAAGCUGCAACAAACAAUUUUGAUCAAACCAACAAACUUGGAGAAGGAGGUUUUGGAUCUGUAUUCAAAGGAGAGCUGUUAGAUGGAACUAUCAUAGCAGUGAAGCAGCUUUCUUCCAAGUCAUGCCAAGGAAACCGUGAGUUUGUGAAUGAGAUAGGUAUGAUCUCAGGUCUGAAUCAUCCAAACCUUGUAAAGCUUUAUGGAUGCUGUGUCGAAAAAGAUCAACUUCUGCUCGUGUAUGAGUACAUGGAAAACAACUCCCUUGCUGUUUCUCUUUCUGUAUCAUUUCCAGGAAAGAGCUCAACGAAGUUAGAAUGGCCAAUGAGACAGAAAAUCUGUGUGGGAAUCGCAAGAGGGCUUGCAUUUCUCCACGAAGGAUCUGCAGUCAGGAUGGUUCACCGUGACAUAAAAACCACAAAUGUGCUUCUAGACGCUGACCUGAAUGCAAAGAUAUCUGACUUCGGUUUGGCCAGGCUCCACGAAGAAGAACACAGUCAUAUUAGCACCAAGAUUGCAGGAACCAUCGGAUACAUGGCUCCAGAGUAUGCAUUAUGGGGUCAACUAACAGAGAAAGCAGACGUGUAUAGCUUUGGGGUUGUGGCCAUGGAGAUUGUUAGUGGCAAGAAUAAUACUAAACACAAGGGAAGUGUUGAACACGUCUCCCUUAUCAAUUGGGCAUUGACGCUGCAGCAGUCAGGGGACAUAAUGGAUAUUGUAGAUCCAGUUCUUGAAGGUGACUUCAACAGCAAGGAAGUAGUAAGGAUGAUCAAAGUUUCUCUGGUUUGCACACAUUCAUCUCCUUCUUUAAGGCCUACGAUGUCAGAAGCUGUACAAAUGCUCGAAGGCGAGAUUGAAGUAACACAAGUUAUGUCAGAUCAUGGUUUAUAUGGACAUAACUGGAGCAUCUCAAAGAUGAGGGACGCUGAUACACAUGGAAGCUCGAGCACAUCUGGUGUGACCGAUCAAACAGCAUCGACAAUGAAGUCCUCUGUUUCCGGUAGUGAUCUCUACCCAUUGUACCCCGAAUCUGUGAUUCUAAACUCCACAGUGGAACUACCUUCCUCGUCGGUGUGAUAUCAAAAGAUGUGCACGAGUCCUUAUAUCUCUUAAGCCCUGUGAAGUAGUCUUAUAGUUAGCUUACUAAAUAGUCAUAUCAUUAAAUCUGUGUGAAAUCUUAUUACUAAGUUAAUUUACAUUGAUCGAAAACCA